AUGCCCGUCAUCUCACGUCUCAUUUCCAUAGUCUUCCGUGUGGUGGAAGUCAUUUGCGCUGCAGUGGUUGCCGGUAUCAUCGGACACUACCUGCACCAGUAUGAUGGCGAUGCCUGGCCGGUCGCCAGAUGGAUCUAUACCGAAGUCAUAGCCGGCUUGUCGAUACUGCUGGGCCUGAUAUGGCUGAUCCCGUUCUCAUCGGGCUUCUUCUCGUGGCCGUUCGAUGUCAUCAUCUCCUUCGCCUGGUUCGCUGCGUUCGGAAUACUGGUCGAUGCAAUUCACAAGCUGAACUGUGGAUCUAUCUGGUACUGGGGCGGCAUCAUCCACAACAACUCGUGUGGCCGGUGGAAGGCGGCCGAAGCGUUCAGUUUCAUCUCUGCCAUCGUAUGGCUGGCCUCGGCGCUCCUGGGCAUCUGGUUUACCUUCCGUGUCCGCGACUCGUCUGCUCCCCGACACAGCCGUCGCCGCUUUGGCCGCUCUGCUGUCUAG